AUGAUGAAGCUGGUGGUGUUGUCCUGCAUGUUGGCGAUGGCGGCGGCUGGCAGCCUCUUCGCACCUUUGCCUUUGGCGUACUCAGCACCUUUUGCUUACGCAGCGGCCCCACUGGCACCGUACAACUACAGAGGGCCGCUGUCUCUCGCACCUGGACAACCAGCCAACAUCCUUGGCGCUGACGGAAGACCGCUGGACACUCUGGAUGUGAACUUGGACAAAUCUGCUCAUUACACUGCUAAAGCUCUGUCUGGUACCGGCUUCCACCUGCUGAAAAAACGCUCAGCCCCAGUUAUUGCACCACUAGCUCUUCAGAGAGUCGCCGUGGGUCCAGCCCCUCUGAUUGCGCAUGCCCCGCUCACUUACUCUACACCCCUGAUCUCUGCCCCUAUCGCCACUACAUCUUACACCUACGCCAACGCACCCUUCGUCCAUUGGUAA